AUCUGUGGUAUUUUCAUAUUCUCUUUGGUGGUUUUUAAUUUUUGACUUGUGCGCCAAACCAACUUUUUGAAACUUUAUUUUAUAUUUUGUUUGGUAUAGGAUUAUGUGAUAAACUUGGACCUUCAUAAUAUCAUGAUAAUAAUUAAAAGCUCAGUAUCAAUUCAGACUUCAAAUACCUAGUUAUCUCGAUAAUAUAACCAACUACCAAGUUAUAAGGUAAGGUGAUUUGUAAAACCCAAGUAGAGUAUUUAUCUACACAAAACUUAAGAAACAGCAAAAUAAUCUCUCAAAAAUAACAAUGGCUGAGACAGAUCUGAAGUUUGAUGAACAAGAAGUUUGCACUAAACUUGCUCAAGAAUAUCUGAGAAGUAAAAUGGAAUUUCAUUCAAUUGGCCUAGAAUGUGAGAAAGUAGACAAGUACGAGAUAGAUCAAUUUCUCAAAAAAGUUUAUUAUGUUGAUAUUAAGCCAUCUGAGCUAACGGAUGAAAGUGAAAUAUCUGAUAUUUCAAAAAAAUUCUCGGCAUUGGCAGACAAAAUCAAAGAAAAUGCACAACUUUUUUGUCAACUUGAAUUUUUACUGAGGAAAAUUCCAAUCAAUGAUACAAACAAUGUUGAUUUGAAACUGAUAACCCAAAGCCUUGUUUAUAAAAGUGCAUUUUUAAAUUCAGAUGAUAUAACAACUUACAAUGUUGUACCUUUUCACAAGGAUACACCCCUGUUUCAACUGGGACUCCUUGCAUAUCAAAAACCUAAUUUGAAUUUUAUCAUAGCAUGUUCAAAGGAGACGGUUGCAGUGUGCACUCUGUUUGUGGAGCUCUGCCAAAAUGUCGGCCUGGAAAAAGCCGUGACCUUAGCAGUUUUGUCUGAAAAAGAUUUAAAAGAAUACCGGAAUGAAUUUAUUGAAGAUAUGGUUGGCGGCUGCGUGGGUGUGGUCACAGCGCGCUGCGACGUGGACUCCGCCGUGGACGCCUUGCUCGCCUCCACCACGCGGUAUCCCUGGAAGCUAAGCAGCGUGCUGGUGCAGGAGGCCGCGAUGGAGCGCUUCGCCCGCGCGCUCGAGUGGAAGACGCGCGACGCCGCCGCGCGCGAAGUGUCGCUCGUGCUGGAGCCCGUCGCCGGCGAGCCGCGCGGCGUGCCGGUGGAGGCGUUCCGCAGCACGCGCGAGGCGCUGGCGCUGCUGGCGGCGCGCGCCCCGCUCGCCGUGGCCGCGUGGGCCAGCGACUCGGCCGAGGCGCACGAGAUCGCGCUCGGCGUGCCCGCCCCGCUCGUGUGGCUCAACGGACAGUGUCAGUUCGACGGGCCGCCCGCGGCGGCGGCGGCUCUGUAUUGCAUUAGCAAGGACGAUAGCACGUCGGAAGUCAUCGCAGAUGUCUUAGGAGCUGACGCGUUGGAGGAGUUGCGCUGCGAACGUGCCGCGUGGCUGCAGCUGGCGCCGAUGACGCGCCUCGAGCGAGUCCGCGCGGUGCUCCAGCAGUUCCACGCGCACUCGGCUACGCAGCUCGACGGCGCGGUGGGGCUGCGUGCUGACAGUGCCUUCGCCGUCGACAGCGGAAUUUGUAUCGUCAGAAGGACGCCCGUGGAGUUAGCGAUAAUUGACCAAGACUAUAUUGAACAAUCCUUCUUACGAUUUCUCAACUACCUCGUAGAGGGCGGUGUCGUACUUAUUUCGAGUGAUAGAGAAAUUUGCCGUGAUGUUAAACUCUUAAGCGAAUUAUUAUCAAAAGCAAAUGUGCCGGUCACUGAUUCUGACAUUACUAGCAAUAUGACUACAACAAUGUACAAGACAAAAACGAUCUGGAUAAGUAUUGGAACAAUAUUUGCAAAUUAGCCUAAACUUCGGAAAGAAAACUUAAAUUCGACCGUUAUGUAAAACAUGACUUGUGUGUAGUACGAACCUAAAACUUUUUCAUUGUUCAGAAUAUUAUAUCCCACCAAACGCAUUUCAAGUUUGGUUGCCAAGACUCACAAUUUCAUAAUGCUUUCAUUGUUAAAAAGAUAUGAGAUCUCUAGUAGAGCCAAGCCACUAGCUGAGCUUCUAUUUGUGCUGCCAAGGGAACCUAUCCCAAGUCCAAAGUAUGUAGCUCUUAAGUGCUCUUGACUGUAUUACAUUUAUUAUAACAAUAAAUAACAAAUAACUUUACUUACAAGCUCUGAUUCUACAAACUCUACAUCUUGGUAAAAAAGUACAUACACCUUGGUCAUUAAAUGUUUGUGGAACUAUUACGUGACAACAUAUUUUAAGUCCAUAACGAAUAGUUUGUGCCAAAAUCGCUAAAUUGUGUUGUCGCACGAGCUAUUCCGGGCUUAAAUGUUAUAUCAGACAAAAACGCCUCUAACAAUAAACGGCCAAGCCGUUCCUUUUUUAACCAACAUGUAGAGUUUGUAAAAUCAGAGCUUGUAAGUAGAGUUAUUUGUUAUUUAUUGUUAUAAAUGUGCACUUAAGAGCUAUAUAAAAGGGCUACAUACAUAAGAGUACUUGAGAUAGGUCCCAUUGGCUGCACAAAUCGAAGCUCAGCUAGGGGCUUGGCUCUAAUAAAGAUCUCAUAACUUUUUAACAGUGAAAGCAUUAUGAACUUGGGAGUCUUGGUAAAAUGUUUGGUAAGAUUUUUUUUUGGCGGGUGUCCUAGAUUUUUUUAUUUUUUGGGAUCUUUUUCUUGUACAUCAUUUUCAUGGCCCACUCUCUAUCGUUACAUUUUUUUUAGCGGAGGCACGUGCCCCCUCAUAAAUGAUCAUUAUCUAUUCUGUAAGAAUCGUUACUGUUAAAAAUAUAUGAGUACAUAAUUAAAGAUGUUUUUUGUUUA